CAGCAGCAGCAGCAGCAGCAGCAGCAGCAGCAGCAGCAGCAGCAAGAACUGUCUGCAGCCGCUGCUUCACAUCUGCCUCUACAACAACAACAACAACAGCAACAACAGCCUCACGCCCAACAGCAAUGUCUCCAACAGCAUUCUAGUACUUCUGCUGCCUGGCAACAGCCUGCACCCAUCGACACUGUUAUUGUUCACACUCGAAGGCACCUGGGAGCCAUAAGGAGUUGGCUCGCGUCCUCCUCAGCCACCGCCGCAGGCACAUUUCCACAGGACUCGCCCAUGGUCCGAUCUCUGCAGAAUCUCAUUGAGUCGGCACAACUGGCCAAGACUACGUCGUCAUCGAACUCUGGUUCCGGUGGCGAGAGUGCCGGUGUGCGCUUGAUUGCAACGCUAGUUCAAUCUCUGCUGACGCAUUAUCGACCAUCCAGAUGGGCUGAUCAGCCGGGAGGCCUCCAGGCUAUGGAGCAUCUGAAGGAGGCGCACAUGAUUACCCUGAGGCACCUUCUUUCCUGUGAACAGAGCUCGUGGGUUGCCAGACAAGUGACAUGCCAGUGGAUUCAGCUGCCCGAUGGUGACCUUGAGCCUUCAAGCGCAAACAUCCAACCGGCGUCGUAUGCGUCGCGAGUUGAACACCUAUCCACUUUAGCAACUAGUGCAAUGGCCAAGUCUGCGCAAACUGCGGUUUCGAGUGCAGGCAAUGCAGGUGCCUCGGAUGAAGCGUCGGCCAAUGACGCAGGCAUUGUUGGAAGCAAGUGGAAUUGGGAAGCCUUCGCAGAACUGCUCAAAGUUCAUGUGAUUUACCUAACCCAAAUCGAUGAAUACUUGGCAGGAAAGAUCGCCUCAGGUCACCAGGCGGCAACGACAUUUGUCCUCGACUUGCUCGAUCACUUUGUGCUACCGAGCUUAAUGGGCACUUCGUCGUCCCCGUCCAACCCCACGGCCAAUCCCAAUUCGUCAGUUGCAUCUCUUCUUGGCAGUCUGUCUAACACACUUGCUCUGGUAAACAGCAAACGAGCGUUCAAUGUUCUCAAUGAAUACGACCUCUGGCUCACCAUCCAUGCACUCCAGGCACACCAACGCAACACCCUCAUCUCACCCGGUGACACCAAUUUGCGCUUGCGACUGUCAUGCGCGCGCAUCAGAGCGCUGCUUGACUUGGGUCUUUUGGGGGAGCAGUCGGUUGUCACAUUGUGUCCUCCCACUGCGCCCCAAACCAUUACUCUCUAUGGUUGGUGCUCUCAUGCUCGUAUGUUCGAUGAUGCACUACAUAUGGAAGCCAAAACAAAGACGUUUUAUCGUUGGUGGUCGGAUUUUUACCGCUAUCAGCAGGUGACUAGUGAAAAUGAGUCACUAGUUGACCAGGUGAUUAUAUACCUCGUGAACCUUAGUAUUCUAUCUCUGGACGAGAACUUAAUGCAAUUUAUUCGUUUGUCACUUAUUUACGUGGUGAAACAUGCGUCACGCGCUCUUAAUGCUGAAGAGCACGCCUCACCCUAUUUCUCUUCACCGACGGCAUUCGAUGUAAGUAAUAACCUGGAUGCGUAUGCGCGUCUCAUCAGCAUACUUAUCUUUUGGAUCGGAGCGAAAAACGAGACGCCAGUUGAAGCCAACCGAGUCAAGAUUACUCUGAUGAACAAGGUGCUAGGAAUCAUCGCCGGAACCCUUCUACAGCGUCACGAAGUGCAACCGGAGGUGUUCCACGAGCUGCCUUUCCAGCGCAUCUUACUCAGGCUGCUCGGAGAUCUUUGCGCAACGUGUAAGAGCGUGAAGGAGACACCUUCAGGUCAUAGCGAGGGUGAGGAGUCGACAGGCCUUACUCUUCUGGAGUAUGUUCCUCUGGCAUUUGGCAAUCUGCUGCACAUGUUGCGACCGGAGCGGGCGACCCACUUCAUAUUCGGGUGGCUCGAGUUGGUGGCAAAUCGGGAGUUUGUGGACCAAACCCUGGGUGCAUCGAGGCAAGACGGCGUGUCGUCCACCUUGCGUGCAGCCUAUCGUGCUGUUUACGCUCAACUCCUAGUCGACAUGCUCAAAUACCUCUCGUUCUAUCUCCAGAAUGCUCUCGUUAUGAAUUCUAUCAUCGUAUUCUACACAGCCGCCUUCAAACUGUGUGGGCGUCUCUACUACAACUUUCCCGACUUCCUGUCCGAAUAUUGCGUGCUCUUUAGCAGCAUCCUGUCAUCAAAUUCCCUCCAACUGAGGAAUUUGAUUCUUUCUGCUGAACCCAGACGAGGUAUUUCCUCCACUGCUCCAUUGAACGGACCACACGUGGACCAGCUGACUCAAUUGGAGGAUCCUUCGGGAUACUGCAUGGAAGCCGGUGAACGACUGCCACCCAUUCUCCGUAGCGAAAUCGACGCAUAUCUGGCGAACCGCACACCUGUCAAACUGCUUUCCGAUCUCGUAACUAUGCUGCGCUCUACCGACUCUCUUCUCACAUUUCUCAUCAAUCCUCCCGGUCUCUACACCUCGGCUCUGGCCGCUGCCACCGCAGUCACCACCGCUACCGCCGCCACUCAGUCGACGAGAGUGGAGCACGGCGGUAGUAAGGCGGCGUUCCAGGAGGCCCAACAUCGACCACAAGGAAAAAAAGCAAAGAAGGCGGCCGCUGCGAAGGCUGCUGCUGCUGCGGCGGCGGAGGCGGCAGCAGCUCAACAACAGGCUAUCUUGUCUGCGGCUGGCCAACAGGCCAACGCCGCCAUGCUCUGGUCUGCCCGCGCCACCCAACAUCUCGCCACCUUCGGCCUAGCUGACAAUCUCCACUACAACGUCGAGUUGAUGAUGAAUGUAGUUCUGUACAUCUGCAUCACUGCA